UUUAUUAGCGGUGGAAAGGCGCUACGUUACCAGUCUCGAAUUUGUUAGGGCUGACUUUAGUUAUACCUAAGGUCCCGACGAAUUUGGUUCAGUUUACUCGAGAUGUUUUCCAAUCGGAUAGUUUUACCGCUAGUAGUAGCACUGGCAACGUGUGCAACGGUAGCAUCCGGAAGUGGCAGAUUGAUUCCGCCGUUAUUCAAAUUCGACAACUAUGAGAAGUGUCGCCAGCAGAAUUUUCCUGGAGUGUUUUGCUAUGCUAAAGUGAUAUUCGAAACGGAAACGGAUCCAAUUAAAUCCAACCGAAUAGUGUCCAAUUUUCGGCACAAUGUGCUGGAUUGGGGCAUCUGCGUACCGGAAUGCGAACGGGAGCUUGCCACACUGAGCGAGAAGGAUCGUCAACGGUUGUAUCAGCCGAAAUUUGCCAUCAAUUAUACGUAUGCUUUCCCUUCGGAAUCAUGGCCAGCGGACGCAGAACGCCUGAGUCAUCGGUACAGCCGCUUGUUGAACGUUUGUAUUAACAAGCGUUUAGAGCGUAAUUACAAUGUCGCCCCAAACGCAUACUCCGAGAUCGAAUACUGCACCUCCAAUGAACUUCCAGGGGUGGAAAAGGGUUCAGACUGGUUAAAGAUCACAUUUGGAAUAAUAGUGUUGACGUUGAUUGGAGCCCUUCUGGGCGCCAACGCGAUUGAUUGGCUUGGAAAAGAUCACUGGAAAGAACACAUUAUCGUGACAUCGUUUUCUGUUCAGCGAAACUGGAGGCAAUUGAGGAAACAACCUGAUUCUCAAGUAUAUCGUGACUUCGGAUAUAUUGAUGGAUUACGAGUGCUCAUUAGUACCUACGUAUUGAUUGUACAUUGUUUAGUAGUAUGCGCUUUAAUUCCGUUGGAAAACCCUGAAGUUGUUGAAAUGUUGCUGCUAAAUCCGCUAGUUUUGAAUUUCGCAUCUGCGGCGCCAUUUAGUGUGCAGACCUUUUUCGUCAUCAGCUCUCUGCUGCUGAGUGUCAGCUUCUUCAAGGACAUACAACGCAAGCCUCAGCUCGAAAACGGCUAUUUCCGUUCGAAGAUCAUCAACCGGCUGAUUCGCAUCACACCAGUUUACUACUUCUUCCUCCUUUUUUCGGUCCUGGGCACUGCUGGAGUUCCUGGAUUGGAACUGGGACGCUACGGAUACAAGUCUCUAGUUCUGGAACAGGAAUUUUGUAGGAGGAAUUGGUGGAGGAACGUCUUGUUCGUGAAUAAUUUGCCACUCAAUGAGGAACGUUGUUUCCUUCACGGGUGGUACCUUGGAGCAGAUCUGCAACUUUUCACCAUAGCCUUGUUACUGUUGGCUAUCCUGUGGAAGUAUCCCGGGAUCUCGAAACCAUUGCUAUCGAUAGUUACAGCAUUAUCAAUGAUUCUUUCAGCAAGUUUGGUGCACUUCAUGCAGCUGGAAUCCUCGAUACCGAUUAGAUUAAGUGAUGUUCAAUUAUUAUUGGUAAAUACAAAAUGGUUCACAAAUAUCUACACACCGGGGUACACAAACGCCAACGCUUGCAUCGCUGGAAUAAUCAUUGGAUAUUUGUAUCACCAGACGAGGCACGGCAAUCUGAAUCUCGACCACUCGAAGUUUUAUAACCUGGUGAAGAAACUGUCCAUUCCUGUAAUGAUUUUUGGCUUGUUACCAGUCUAUUCGUUUUAUCAAUAUGAAAUUAGUCGCCCGUCUUGGUGGACCACUCUGCACUUUGUGAUCUAUAACAACUGCAGUAUCUUGCUGGCAAGUGUAUGCUUCAUAGAAAACUUCAGAAAACCACCAGGCGUAAUACGGAGAGUUCUUAGCUCCCAGUUGAUGACUAGUUUGGGGAAGCUAUCCUUCAGCGUAUACAUUGUACAUGUUCCUGUGCUAAGGGUGCUGUUGAACUAUUUGGAUGAAAUGCCGGAGGUGUCACUGCAAAGUAUGACUUUACUAUUUCUUGUUCUAGUCAUUGUUUCGUAUUUAGUCGGGGUUGUUGUAUACUUUUGCAUUGAGCAACCGUGUAGUUUAAUUCUAAAUGAAUGGUCUUCUAGACAACGGAAGGAUAAAGUAGAAUAGUAAAGCUUCUAAUAAAUUUGUACAAACAUUUUA